CAUAAUCAGAGGGGCAGUCAGUCUGUCGGCAGCGGCAGUGCAAGGAAGACAUACACGCAUCACUGCUAAUCUUUUUUUUUUUUCUCCCUGGGCAUACUGUAUGUGCAGCCUUUACAGGCACCACAGGGAACUGAAAUAAUACAAAGAUCUUCACGUCUGCUCAUCCACUCGUGAGCCAAGAUGCGGUGGCUGGUUCCAGGAGCGGUCUUGGUGCUUGUCUCACUCUCCGCAGGACAGCGAAGUGUAGAGACUGUUGACUUGGCAGGCUCUCGCUAUUUCAUCUCCCAGACCUCGCCUUACGUGCCCAGCCUCAACUGGUUCCUCGCCUACCAGUACUGUCGCACCAUUGGCAUGGAGCUUCUCAGCAUAGGCACUGCUGAGGAGGCUGAGCUCAUAAACUCCUAUCUUGCUGCCAACCGUUUGAGUGACCGGGACUACUGGACGAGUGGUAACCAGCUGGGCUCUCACCUCUGGAUGUGGAUGGCCACUGGGCAGCGCUUCAACACCACCUUCAACUUCUGGGUGCAUGACGAGUCUUUCACCAAGUCAACAGCUGCGUGUAUGAGUGUAAAUAAUGGGGCUUGGGUGCCAGAGGACUGUAUGCAGGAGAAAUUCUUUAUCUGUGAACUGACACGGUGCUUCUUCGUCAAUUUUGUGAGCGCCAACCGGGGCUCAUCUCAGGGCAGUUUGCCUGUUACACCCAGGAUAACUCAUCAAGGAAUCAAACCAUCUCAUCGCUCAGGCUCCCAGCAACAACAGAGUCAAGCUGCACAGAAAACUGAACAGCCUAAGACAACAGACUCACCAACACAACCAGGAGCUCAUCAGCCAACAACUCCAUCUCAGCAACAUGUUAUAACAACAAGCAGCACUACAACAGUGAUCCCCACAACAUAUGAGGAUGACACUCGUCCUACAACACAAAUGCCACUAAAAACAAUGCCUACAAUCCUCCCAGAUGAUCAGCUGGAAGAGGUGACCAUCAUUCCACAGUCAAGACCUGAUGAAGUCAAGUCUAUCGUGCAACUGAACUCAGAACCUGCAGCCCAUAACAAUGAGAUACUUGAGUCUGGACCCAUUUCUCCAUUACAACUCCUCAUUCCUCCAACUAGAGAGUUUUUGUCUUCAUCUCCUUCCUCAUCCUCUUCCAUCCCAUUGCAAGCUGAGGCAUCCACAAACUUUACAAUCCGAAGACCCCUCAGCAGAAAGGAAACAUUUAGUUGGGCUCUUCUGGAUGAACGAUCAAAAUAAUUCUUUCUCAUCUCUGAGAAUCUCUUGAUGCCAUUCUUUAGUACCACAUGUUGUUUCAGUUUCUGUAUGUUUAUGAUGCUUCAUUUCAUGAUAAUAGCAUUUUGCACCAUUCAUAGUAACAUGCUGUCAAUAACGUGAUGUAUAUGAGGUCAUAGUGUCAUAAUGACCUCACUAUAUAUUAUGUGAGUGGCAAAAAUUCUGGUGAUCUUCAUGAUGUAAAAUUAAGAAUGAAUAAAAAAAGUACCAUAUAGUAAAA